AUGUCCCAUACAAAACUCAGGAACAAAGGUAAGUAGAGUGGCUUCCUCAGCGUUGCUAGUUUACUUUCCCCACCCUCCUCAACACCAAUCUUCAUUUCGAGCCUCUCUGUCCAACUUUUUUCCAAACCACCCCCCAACAAACGCACACAAAAUCUCCAUAUUAAUGGCGCCUCCGGAAGUGCCAGUCGACAUCUUCACCAGAAAAGUUUCUACGCAUAACACCGGCUGCUCCAGAAGGGCUUACGUAACAUUUUUAGCCGGUGAUGGUGAUUACAUUAAAGGGGUUGUAGGAUUGGCUAAGGGUCUGCGUAAAGCGAAGAGUGCUUACCCUCUUGUGGUUGCGAUGCUUCCCGAUGUCCCCGACGAACACCGAGAGAUUCUUAGGUCUCAGGGUUGUAUUGUCCAUGAGAUUGAACCCGUUUAUCCUCCUGACGACAAUAUCCAGUAUGCAAUGGCUUAUUUUGUCAUCAACUACUCUAAACUCCGUAUUUGGAAUUUUGAGGAGUACAGCAAGAUGAUAUAUUUGGAUGCUGAUAUCCAAGUGUUUGAAAACAUAGAUCAUCUUUUCGACAAACCAGAUGGGAGUUUCUACGCAGUGAUGGACUGCUUCUGUGAGAAAAUAUGGAGUGACUCAACUCAGUACAAAAUUGGGUAUUGCCAGCAAUGCCCUGAUAGGGUGACUUGGCCUGCUGAGUUGGGUUCUCCUCCUUCUAUCUACUUUAACGCAGGAAUGUUUGUGUUUGAGCCAAGCCGAUUAACUUAUGAAAACCUUCUUCAGACUCUCAAAAUAACUCCACCAACACUCUUUGCAGAGCAGGAUUUCUUGAACAUGUUCUUCCAUGAAAUAUAUAAGCCCAUUCCUCCUGUAUAUAACCUGGUUCUUGCUAUGCUAUGGCAACACCCAGAGAAGGUCAACCUUGAUGAAGUAAAGGUGGUUCACUACUGUGCUGCUGGAUCAAAGCCAUGGAGGUAUACCGGCCAGGAAGUUCACAUGGACAGAGAAGACAUCAAGAAGUUGGUGACAAAAUGGUGGGACAUAUACAACGAUGAAUCCCUCGACUUCAAGAACGAUGAAUCCCUGGAAGCCGGAGAAACUUUCACAAGGUCGUCGAUCAUGGCUUCCAUGCCUGAGCCUGCCAUAUCUUACAUUCCUGCACCCUCUGCUGCUUGAAUUACUUAGAAGAGACUGUUCAAAGUUGGUGUGCUUCUAUCCCUUUUUUGUAAAAAAUAAAAAAUAAAAAAUAAAAAAAAUAAAAAAUAAAAAAAACUUUUUUUCUUUUUUGAUCUUUUAAUAUAUACUUUUCAAGGCUUCUUGUCCUUGUUUUUCUUAGUUAUGGGAGAUCUUAAAAGAUACUAUAAAUCUUCACUGUAUUUGGUGUUUACCAAUUAUAUGAAUCUCUACCGGUAAAAGAAAGCACAAACUCUUGUCCACUAUAUAUAUAUAUAUAUAUAUAAAAGAACUUUUGUUUUUGUUGUGAUA